CUCCCUGCCAGCGUUCUCAGUCAGAUCACCAAGGUCUUUCUAGAUGGGAACAAACUCACCUCGCUUCCUCCCCAGAUCGACCUGAUGACGUCUCUGCAAGAGCUUCACUGCUGCAGCAACUGGCUCCGAUCUCUUCCUGCAAGCCUACAACAGAUCUCAAGCCUGCAGACCCUCAGGGUUGGACACAAUCAGAUUGUGAUCAUACCGGAAGCGACGCAGCAUCUUGCAGCUCUUUCCUCCCUCAUUCUCAACAACAACGACAUUCACGCUCUUCCCUCAGGGAUCUGGAGCUUGAAGAGCGUGACAAUCAUUGUCUUGUCACACAAUAGCAUCAAGACUUUGCCUGAGUUUGAAAGCUCAGAGCUCAAGAUUCAGGUGCUUGUCUUGACAGGAAACAGGAUAGCAGAAAUUCCAAACUCCAUCUCCAAAUGCUCACACAUGCGAGAGCUGUACCUCAACGAGAACCUGAUCGUCGAUCUCCCCAAGGCCAUCAACAAACUGAGGAAGAUGAAAGUGCUCGACCUGUCCAUGAACAACCUCUCU